CGUGGGGAAGGGGACCGGAUAAGCCGGCACAAUGACUGUGGAAUGUAGGGUGUAAUGGUAAAGGAUGGUGAUGCGAUAGGGGGCCGGCUAAAGGGCGGGGCAAGUGGCUGCAAGAGGGCUAUCAAUCCUGUUCGUCGAAAAUUGAGCGAUUGUGGUCAGAGGCUUUGAGAAAGUGGGAGUUAAUCAGGAAGAAAUGGGUACACAUCCAUUUAACAGAACGGGUGGUAUCACAUAAGGUUCACUGGGAUGUUGCUUUGUAUUUGGGGAUGAGUUACAAUGAGAGGUUACAUGGAUUAAGACUUCAUUCCCAGGAACAUAGUUGAUUUGAAAGGGACAUCAGGGGCACCUUCAUCACCUGAAUGAGCUGCCAGAAAUAGUGGUUGAGGGAGGCAUGUUAGGAACUUUUAAGACCCAUCUAUUUAAAUAGGUACAUGGACAGUAAAGGUUUACAUGGCACUGGGCCAAAUGUGGGCAGAUGGGACCAGUUCAAUGGGCAACGCAACAUGGAUGAGUUGAGCUGAAAGCCCUUGUCCAUGCUAUAUGACAGGAUGGAGAGUGAUACAGCAAUAGGAAGGCAUAAUGAGUUGUGUCAUAGAGAAAGCAAAUGAUGUCAAAGUGUAUAGUAUAACAAAGUUCUAUCGCGGGGAUAAGUUGUGGUCAGUCAUGGUUGGAGUCUGUGGAUGAAUUGGGAAAAUUAUGUUAUUCAUUGCAGGGACAGAAAAACUGAAGGAAAACUUGGGUAUUUUAAGAGUAAUGAAAAAGUGGCAAAGUAUGGAGAGCCCAAGAUAACAAAAGGGGAGCUAUUAACCAUGGGCUUCAUAAGCUGGAGAGAUGUGGGACAAAUUGCAGACUGAGAGCAGUAAGAGAUAACAUUUACUGAAAGAAGUAAUCAGGAGGCUUAUCACUGGCUCAGGAGUGUUGCAAAAUUUGGUCACAGAGGUGAGGAUGUGAGUCACAGACAGAGGGGUGACUGAGGUUAUAUGUCACCAGCUGAGGGAGAGGAGUCUGUCCCAUCCAUGAGGGAGGUGGAAGUUACAGUGGAGACAGAGUUAGAGCAAUAAAGAACAGACAGAUAAAUACCUCAUGAGGAAGAGAGAAGACAAAACUUACAGGUUGUUGCAUAACGUGAGAACAUGGCAGAAGCUCACCAGGCUGUCGCAUUUCAGUUCACUGUCACUUCAGAGGGCAUCGACCUCCAACUCAGUCAUAAUGCAUUGAAAGAAAUCUACCUCUCAGGUAUCAGGGCCUGGAAGAAGAAAUGUAACAGAAUCAAGAACAAUUUUAUGACUGGAGUUUAUCCAGCUAGCCCGUCCAGCUGGCUUUUUGUAGUGCUGACAGUAGUAGGUACAAUGUAUACAAGAAUUGAUCCCUCGAUGGGGAUGAUAGCGAAGCUUCGAGAACACCUCCCUUUAAGGCGAUAUAUGUCACAUCAUGGUCAAAGCCUGGUGAGUGCUCUGCUCUUUGCAACAGGGCUGUGGCUUGCACUGAUAUUUGUGAUGCGGCAGAUCCUCAAAGCCCUUCUGUCUUAUCAUGGCUGGAUGUUUGAAGAACAUGGCAAAGUGUCCACAACCACCAAAGUCUGGUUUACUCUAGUGAAGAUUUUCUCGGGUCGUAAACCAAUGUUAUACAGUUUCCAGACCUCCCUCCCACGUUUGCCUGUUCCAGCUGUGAAAGACACUCUACGAAGGUUUUUGGAGUCUGUGAGGCCACUGAUGAAUGAAGAAGACUUUAGACGGACAAAGGCACUGGCUAAAGAUUUUGAAAGGAACCUGGCUCCUCGGCUCCAGUGGUAUCUCUUACUCAAAUCGUGGUGGGCUAGUAACUAUGUGAGCGACUGGUGGGAGCAGUAUGUUUACCUACAAGGGCGAGAGCCAAUCAUGGUCAACAGCAACUACUAUGCUAUGGAUUUCUUGUAUGUGACUCCAACCACCAGUCAGGUUGCCCGUGCCGGCAACCUAGUCCACGCUUUGCUUCUUUACAGACGGAGACUUACUCGUGAGGAGUUGCAGCCGAGUACUCUGCCAGGGUUCCCUGUACCUCUGUGUUCAGCACAGUGGGAAAGAAUGUUCAACUCGACUCGACUGCCGGGCGAGGAGACAGACCAUUUGCAGCACCUCUUGGAUAGCAAGCACAUCGCGGUCUAUCACAAGGGCCGCUAUUUUAAAGUGGGGUUGUAUCAGGGUGGACGCCUACUGAAUCCUUGCGAGCUACAGAAACAAUUUCAGUACAUCUUGGAUGAUGAUUCUUCACCUCAGCCAGGUGAGAAGUACCUGGCUGCACUGACUGCAGGAAACCGAAUUCCUUGGGCUAAGGCACGGAAAUCAUACUUCAGCACUGGAAAGAACAGGAACUCGCUGGACUGUGUGGAGAAAGCAGCAUUCUUUGUCACUUUGGAUGAUACUAAACCAGAACUAUUUGUGGACAACCAGGUGAAGUCACUGGAUGAGUAUGCCAAGUCACUGCUACAUGGCAAGUGCUAUGACAGGUGGUUUGAUAAGUCAUUCACUUUCAUUGUGUUUGCAAACGGCAAAGUGGGAUUGAAUGCAGAACAUUCCUGGGCUGAUGCACCAAUUAUAGGACACUUGUGGGAGUAUGCCUUGGCCACAGACACCUUCCAACUUGGGUACAAAGACGAUGGUAACAGUAAAGGUGAUCCAGCUCCAAAUGUGUUGCCACCACAGAGAUUGCAAUGGGACAUUCCAAGUGAGUGCCAAGGAGUAAUCAUGCAUUCACUGAAGGUGGCACAGCAACUAGCUGACGACGUUGAUUUCUAUGCAUUCCCAUUCACUCGGUUUGGCAAAGGUAUGAUUAAGAAAUGCAGAACCAGUCCUGAUGCCUUCAUCCAAAUUGCUCUGCAGCUUGCCAACUACAGGGACAAAGGUUCAUUCUGUCUAACCUAUGAAUCUUCAAUGACUCGGCUGUAUCGUGAGGGGAGGACUGAAACUGUGCGUUCAUGUACAGUUGAGACUUGCAAUUUUGUGACAGCACUGGAAAGUAAAAAGCUUUCGAGGGAAGAGUGCCUGAGUCUAUUCCGUAUUGCAGCCAAAAAUCACCAGCACAUCAGUAGGCUUGCUAUGUCUGGAUAUGGUGUCGAUCGGCAUCUCUUCUGCCUCUAUGUGGUGUCCAAGUACCUGGGAGUCAAUUCGCCCUUCCUUCAAGAGGUGCUUUCCGAACCAUGGUGUCUUUCAACGAGUCAAACACCCAUCCAGCAGAUUGAACUAUUCGACCUUGUGAAUCAUCCGGAAUAUGUCUCCAUUGGAGGUGGUUUUGGCCCAGUUGCAGAUGAUGGUUAUGGUGUUUCUUACAUAAUCGUUGGAGACCACCUCAUCAACUUUCACAUCUCCUGCAAAGUCUCUAGCCCCUUGACGGAUGCUCAUCGUUUUGGCAGAAACAUCUUCCAAGCAAUGUUGGACAUCAUGGCACUCUUCAAUUUGGAUGGGAAAAAGCCCUGAAUGUAGAAGCCCUAAAUCUACCUGACACAGCAAAAGGGAGAAAAACAAAACAAUGAGGAUCUUGCACAUCUCGAAUUGUUUGAGUGUCCAUCUUCUGAAGGACCUGGCAUGCGUAUGCACUGUUUUUUGUGUCAACUUUAUUUAUUUGUUUGUGUCAUGGGGCUAAUUUUUAAAUUAAAAGAACAAAACGCAACAACAAUGCAAAUGAAAGGGACUUAUGUUGGAAUUCCGGUGUGUGUAAGAGACUGGGUUUGAACUUAAAGUUAAGUUCUUUUUUUUCCCACUUUAAAAAAACAGGCUUAUUGUUAUCCUUCUACUUAUUUUGUGUUAACAUGCAGACUUUGUGUUAAUUAGCCUGCACACCCCUCUGUCUUUAAACUCGGGAAACACAGUAACACUGCAGAGAGUUUUCCCUCAUUUAUCCUUGGGAUUGAAAGGGUCAGUAUCAGGGAACAAUCAGUUGAGUAAGAUUCACUGAACCCAGGGUUGAAUGGCAAAUAAUUUUGCAACAGUGGAGCUUUACUGCAGGGUUCAUGUUGCAUAGGUGUGAGUGGGGCUGGCUGUGAAGAGUUUUAACACGAAAACUUGCUGCAGAUUUUUUGUGGUUUGGGAACAUCUUGCCCUUCUUAGAUCAUUAUUGAGGAAGUAGUAUUUCAUUUGAUGGAGAGAUAGGAUUACUGUUCCAACUUUGUAUCUAGUUGAUCAGAUUUUUUAAUGUAUGGGGUACCAAGCUUCCUAACCCCCUGGCUGUAGCUGAGGGUAUGUAUAAUCCACUGUAGCUUAAUUUUAAAAAGAGUAGCAGCUUUGAAAUAAAAACUUGUGUACCACUGAGAAGUUCAAUCCCUGUUGUUACUUUGAAAUAACUGCUCAUAGAUAUUCAUAUAGUACAGCAGAGAGACAGGCACUUCAACCCACCGUGUCUGUGCUGGCCAUGAUUCUAAUUCCAUCUGCCUGCAACUUGGUCUGUAUGUCUCCAUUCCUUGCCUAUAUAGUGCCUUGUAAAAGUAUUCUGCCGCAACCUUUUGUUCAUAGAAAUGAGUCAUACAACCAGGGUUUGGAUCAAUUUAAUGUAAGUUUUAUUUGUGAAUCACAUGUUUUUUUACAGUAGAGCCCAAAAAACAGAGAAAAUUGUAAAGCAUGUAAAUUGCAAAACAUUCAAAAACUGAAAUGUCAGCAGUUUAUAAGUAGUCAUCUCCCACUGCACAGUACUUUGUUGAACCACCUUUUGCAGCUAUUACAGCCAGUAGUCCAUCAGCUUUGCAUGAUGUAAUGGAGUAAGAUUUGUUCAAGCUGUGCCAGGCUAGCUGGGGAGCAGUGGUGGACAGUAAUCUCAGAGGUCUUGCCAGAGAAGUUCAAAAGGGUUAAGGUCAGGACUUCUUCCUUGCCGUUCCACCAUAAAUACUGUUUUUGUGAAAGGCCUUGGAGAUUGUGGAGCCAUGAAUUUCAUCUCCAGUAGCAGCCAUUAACUUCUGCAGCUCACUCAGUGACUCAGUCGGCUCUCUUACAAGAGCCAUUAUUCUCUGGCGACAAAGUUUAGAGCACUGACCUAGGCAGUGUGGCUGUAGUUUCAUAUUCUUUCCACAUUUUCAUGAUACACUGCACUGAACUCUGAGGUAUGUUCAGUGCCUUUAAGAUGAUCUUGUACCUUUCCCCAGAUCUGUGCUUGUCCAUUAUCAUUUCCUUGAAUGCUCUUUUUGGUUUGGUCUGUUAAAAACCUACCAUGCUGUUGGUCCUUACAGAGAAAGAUUUUUAUUCAGGUGAUCCUCCAAUUUUCUACAUCAACAAAUUGUGUGAGUUGGUGAGGUAAUAUAGAGUAUUGCACCUGAGGAAAGUUAGCAUAGUAAUUACAAAGGGGAUGAAUACUUAUAUGGCUUCACAAUUUUAGUUUAUAAUUUUUAGUAAAUCAUUGGCAGGUCUUGGAAUUUUUAUUUUGAUGCACAAUGUUUUGUAGAAUAGUUCAAAAGUCUUACUUCAAUAUAUUUUAAACUUAGAAAACGAGACAGUAAAAUGUGAAAAUAGUUUUGGGCACUGAAUACUUUUUCAAGGCACAAUAUUCACAUGUCUCUCUAUAUGCCUUUUAGAUGUUACCAUUGUAUCUACUUCUAAUACCUUCUUUGGUAGCAUGUUACAGCCACCUACCACUCAAAAAAUAAGUUUGCCUCACCAAUCUUCUUUAAGCUUUUCCCCUCACCUUAAAACUAUGCCUUCAAGUAGUUGAUGUUUCCACCCUGAGAAAAAGGUUCUAUCUGCCCUACCUAUGCCCUUCACAAUUUUAUAUACUUUGAUCAGCCUCCAAAGAAAACCAAGUUUAUCUAACCUCUCCUUCUAGCUAAUACUCAACAAUCCAAGGAACGUCCUGAAUCCAAGGAAUCUCUUCUGUGCCAUCUCCAAAGCCACCAUGUUCUUCCUGUAGUUUUGCAAACAGAACUGAACACACAACUCCAAAUGCAGUCUAACCAAAGUUUUACACACCUGCAUCAUGAGUUCCUGACGUUGACACUCAAUGUCCUGGCCAAUGAAUGCAAGCAUGCCUAACAUUUGUUCAGCGCAGUCAAUCUGUGCUAUCACUAUUUUAAAAAAAACGUGAGAGUUCUCUUCUGAAAAUCUGGAUUAAGUAAGGGGUCCAGUUUUAGGUGGAGAAUUUAUUUACUAGCCAAAGGUGCACAGCAGGUCAGCAGCUUAAUGGUUUGGCAGAUAACUACGCUGAGAAGAAUUAGAAAGGUGCAAUAAUCCCAAGGGGAAUUGAAGAGGAACCUUCCUGAGGUGUUUUUUCAGUGUAGGAGAACUUCUGUGGUUUACCCACGCAUUAAAUAUAAAGCUCAAUUUGUAUUUUGAAUUUUCUGUAUUCUUACUAUCAUUGAUAAAAUAUGUAGUGCCAUUAUUUUCACAAAGUCUGAUUUUUAUAAGCUGUUGAUUUCAAGCCCUGUCUGAUGAAGCUGGUGCCUUAAAUGCAGAUGAUUAAAACUAGAACUGACCUGUUCGCGUUAAACUGGACCUCUGGUUAGCCAGCAUUCCUUUUCUCCAUGUGGAUAGUCUUUGCUUCCCAUAUUUUCUGUGGGACAUUUAAUUGCAAUAACCUGGUACAGAUUGAAUCCAGUUGAAACGGUUUUCAGAGCUGUGAUCUGGGUGGGUUGGGGAGUUCUGGAUUGAAUAGGAAAUAACCAUCGAGUCAAAUCGGUAGUUUGGAUGGUGUGGAGUUCUAGAAAUGACCUGUCCAUUGCACAACUCUACCCAUAAUGCAGCUAAUGUCCUGAAUAUGUUUGGGAAGAUUUCCUUUAAUUUUAUCUAAAUUGUAAUGGCAUCUUUUGGGGAAAAAAAAGCUUUCUUUACUCCACCACCCAUUUGUAUAAUAAUGCUAAAAUCCCAGCCUUGUUUUGCAACCACUCUUUGCUGCUCUCAUGGAUCUACUCUGUCCUGGGCUGAAACCAAAGACAGUGAAUGACUGGCUAACCAGGAGUCUGAGGCUGGCUCUAACACCAUGCAGUUUGUACUGUUUCUGAAUAUAUUCCACUACAUUGGUAAUUCUGUAUGGGGAAUUCCUGUGAGAGGUUAAGCCUAUCUGGCAGGAGAGCGACACCAAAUAGAAGAAAUACAUGAGGCCUUAGAUAAGCAAAAUAGCUCAAUAUAUGUGGAAUUAAAUGAUGAUUCUUGUUAUAAGUAAAUGACAAUCACAUUUAUAAUUUAUUGUAAUAUUUGCAAAGAAACCUCCUUUAUUGUUGACCAAAACCAGAGUUGAGAUCCUGUUUCUUAGUAGGAUUGGAACGGAAUCUCCCUGUGGUACUCACUAGAGAAAAAGAAGUAUGUGGGAGAUUUAUUUUGGCAAUGGUUAUUUUCUCAAUCCAUUUUCCUUUACCUUUAGGAAGAUGUACCACACCCUGUGCAAUGAUUUCAUAUUGUGUAAUUUCUUUCUGUGACAGUUGAGGGUGUGAGAUUAUUACUUGGCUUCGUUACACAUUAAACUGAAUGUAGCCCCUGACUUUCACUUCCCCCCCCCCCCCCCGCCCCCAAUGCACCUUCCUCAGUUCAGCACUGCUCAGGCAGUGUUUACACAAUGGAGCUGCUCAAUGUUCCAUUGGUGCUGCAGUUGUUUUAACCCACACCACUAAUAACUGAGGAAAAGUUUAGCCAGUCCCUUCUAGUAUUGAUAUGACAUGUGUAAAGAGGCAUUUAUCAUUGUGGGUUUUGGCAUCAGUGUAAACUGAGAUCACGUGGCUGUGGAAGGAAAACAUAGAACUUUUAUUUGUCUCAGUUGGAUGAGGGGUAAUUGCCAAGGCCAUCUUUUCUUGUCCAACCUUAAUUGCCCUCUAGGUAGUUGUGAGCCAUCUCCUUGAACUGCUGGUGAAGGUACUGUUCAGUCACAGGUUGCAGGGUUUUGCCACAAUGAUAUGAAGGAAUGCCAAUCUAAUUCCAGAAUCAUGACUUAGAGAGAUUGAAGGGGAGGUUAGACGUGUUUCCUGUGCCUGUUACCAUAAUUGAUUAUUUUUGGAGCCGCUGACUAAGAUGCCAUGGAUAGUCCCUGGAUUGAUUUUUUACAGUAGUCAGCAUGUGCUAGUGUUGGAGUAAGUGAUUGCAGUUGAGAACAGGAUGUUGUUAAUCACCACUUUGCUCUGGCUAGCGUGUGAGCUUCCUAAUUAUUGAAGCUCUGGGCAGUUAAGGAAUUUUCCACCAUACAUCUGGUUUGUACUUCAGUAGGCUGACGAAACUAAAGGCAGUUUGCUCACUGCAAACUACCCAGCUGCUGUAGAUAGUUGGGGUUUCAGCACUAAGAAGAGCCUUGACUUAUUACAAAUUGCAGAGGUCUUUAGUGGAUGUGAGAGGGAAGCUAUUGUAAGUUGUGGCAUUUUUCAGUCCUAUUAACUGUUGAUCAAUAUCCUGACAUGACCAAUGAUUGUCUGGGACAGUGGGUUCAUUUUUCAAGUUAAGUUAUCGAACCAACUUGUCUGUAAUUUCUUUGAGUUGGGAACCAAAGAAUAGUUAGAGUCGAGGCGUUUCUCUACAUUACUGUACAUUGCACAAGAUUUGGUGAAAUAUGAACAAGAAUUAGUUCCAACUACAAUGGUGAAGCAAAUAUAGUGUCAUUGUAAUUCCAUCAGUUUAUUUUUGAUUGCAACAAAACUAUUUAAAUUAAGCUCCAGGCAGAGUUUGGUCUGCCUGGAGCUUAAUUUAAAUAGCUGGCAUCAGGAGCUGGUAAGAAACAGCUUUAACAAAUUACAAACGAUUUUGACUCAUUUCCAAAUAGCAUUGCAGAGCAUCAUUGUUGGUUUGAACCUUUGACGUACUUCAAGCCCUUGACUCUGACUGUCCACUACGGGUAUUUUUACCUUUCAGUUUUUAAUCAUCUUUGUCUUUAAACCUUUGCAACUUCUCACAUUUUUUUGGGUAAAACCUAGUGCAAGUUAAACUGUUGUGUAUAUACAUCUACUAAUGCCUCUGGACGCAUCUUCAGUGAUGUUCCUGGAAUCAUCGGGUGUUUCGGGUCCUUCAACAUCAUACACCCUCCUCCAGGGGACCUAUAUGGCUAGCUACUUAUGACUCCAUGGCUCCCCUCUUUUGAGCCACAGCCACCUUGAGGCCCUGUCUGCUGCAUCACUGGUACUGCGGAUGGCUCUCCUCUUCCUCUCUCCCUCGAUGCCCAAAUUGCUGAAGGCUCUGACUAAAGAAUGGGCUGCAAAUCCCUUACAUCCAACGUCCACUGGGAGACACCUCGCUCUCCAUUCAGCCUGCUGACAGUUGCUGACCAGUCCUGCGUAAUUGGAGAGCUUCCUUUCGAAGGCCUCUUCCAAGCGAUCUUCCCAUGGGACUGUCCGCUCCAGCAGCACCACUUGCUUGGUAGACUCAGACACAAGGACAUCUGGUCACAGGGUGAUGGCUGCGAGAUGGUUGGGGAACUUCAGCUGCCGUUCGAGGUCCACCAACAGCUGCCAGUCCCUUUCAGAGGCCAGGAUACCUGCAGGUGUUCUUUUGGCGGGUAUUGGCUGCUCCCCAGCUCUGGCAAAGGCAAUGGCCUGCUUGGAAGAUCGGGACCACUUCCUCCAAAGUUUGGAAGUUCCAGUCCCUAUAGCUGGGCACUUGUGUAUUGCAGCACAAGGAGAUAAAAAUAGGGAGUUUGUGUACAAUCUGAAAUGCAUAAAUUACCGAUGAAUUAGAUUUAAAACUUUCUGAACUUUGUCCUUAUGGUUUGACAAGCUCCUCUGCAAGGGUGGGUGUUUCUCGUCACGGUUGUGAUUUGAAUUCCCAAAUGUUAUAGAAACUUAGAAAAUAGGUGCAGGAGCAGGCCAUUCGGCCCUUCGAGCCUACACUGCCAUUCAGUAUAAUGGCUGAUCAUCCAACUCAGAACCCUGUACCUGCUUUCUCUCCAUACCCCCGAUCCCUUUAGCCACAAGGGCCAUAUCUAACUUCCUCUUAAAUAUAGCCAAUGAACUGGCCUCAACUGCUUCCUGUGGCAGAGAAUUCCACAGAUUCACCACUCUCUGUGUGAAGAAGUUUUUCCUCAUCUCGGUCCUAAAAGGCUUCCUCUUUAUCCUUAAACUGUGACCCCUCGUUCUGGACUUCUCCAGCAUCGGUUCCUGCAUCUAGCCUGUCCAAUCCCUUUAGAAUUGUAUACGUUUCAAUAAGAUCCCCCCUCAAUCUUCUAAACUCCAGUGAGUAUAAGCCUAGUCGAUCCAGUCUUUCUUCAAAUGAAAGUCCUGCCAUCCCAGGAAUCAAUCUGGUGAACCUUCUUUGUACUCCCUCUAUGGCAAGAAUGUCUUUCCUCAGAUUAGGGAUCCAAAACUUCACACAAUACUCUAGGUGCGGUCUCACCAAGGCCUUGUACAACUGCAGUAGAACCUCCCUGCUCCUGUACUCAAAUCCUUUUGCUAUGAAUGCCAACAUACCAUUUGCCUUUUUCACCACCUGCUGUAUCUGCAUGCCCACCUUCAAUGACUGGUGUACAAUGACACCCAGGUCUCGAUGAAUCUCCCCUUUUCCUAAUCGGCCACCGUUCAGAUAAUAAUCUGUUUUCCUGUUCUUGCAACCAAAGUGGAUAACCUCACAUUUAUCCACAUUAAAUUGCAUCUGUCAUGAAUUUGCCCACUCACCUAACCUAUCCAAGUCACCCUGCAUCCUCUUAGCAUCCUCCACACAGCUAACACCGCCGCCCAGCUUCGUGUCAUCUGCAAACUUGGAGAUGCUGCAUUUAAUUCCCUCAUCUAAAUCAUUAAUAUAUAUUGUAAACAACUGGGGUCCCAGCACUGAGCCUUGUGGUACCCCACUAGUCACUGCCUGCCAUUCUGAAAAGGUCCCGUUUACUCCCACUCUUUGCUUCCUGUCUGCCAACCAAUUCUCUAUCCACAUCAAUACCAUACCCCUAAUACCGUGUGCUUUAAGUUUGCACACUAACCUCCUGUGUGGGACCUUGUCAAAAGCCUUUUGAAAAUCUAAAUAUACCACAUCCACUGGCUCUCCCCUAUCCACUUUACUAGUUACAUCUUCAAAAAAUUCUAUAAGAUUCGUCAGACAUAAUUUUCCUUUCACAAAUCCAUGCUGACUUUGUCCGAUGAUCUCACCUCUUUCCAAAUGUGCUGUUAUCACAUCUUUGAUAAUCGACUCUAGCAUUUUUCCCGCCACCGAUGUCAGACUAACCGGUCUAUAAUUCCCCGGUUUCUCUCUCUCUCUCCUUUUUUAAAAAGUGGGGUUACAUUAGCCACCCUCCAAUCCUCAGGAACUAAUCCAGAAUCUAAGGAGUUUUGAAAAAUUAUCACUAAUGCAUCCACUAUUUCUUGGGCUACUUCCUUAAGCACUCUGGGAUGCAGACCAUCUGGCCCUGGGGAUUUAUCUGCCUUUAAUCCCUUCAAUUUACCUCACACCACUUCCCUACUAACAUGUAUUUCCCUCAGUUCCUCUAUCUCACUAGACCCUCGGUCCCUUACUAUUCCCGGAAGAUUAUUUAUGUCCUUCUUAGUGAAGAUAGAACCAAAGUAGUUAUUCAACUGGUCUGCCAUGUCUUUGUUCCCUAUGAUCAAUUCACCUGUUUCUGACUGUAAAGGACCUACAUUUGUCUUGACCAAUCUUUUUCUUUUCACGUAUCUAUAAAAGCUUUUACAGUCAGUUUUUAUGUUCCCUGCCAGCUUUCUCUCAUAAUCCCUUUUCCCUUUCCUAAUUAAGCCCUUUGUCCUCCUCUGCUGGUCUCUGAAUUUCUCCCAGUCCUCAGGUGUGCUGCUUUUUUUUUGCUAAUUUAUAUGUUUCUUCUUUGGACUUGAUACUAUCCCUAAUUUCCCUUGUCAGCCACAGGUGCACUACCUUCCCUGGUUUAUUCUUUUGCCAAACUGGGAUGAACAAUUGUUGUAGUUCAUCCAUGUGAUCUUUAAAUGCUUGCCAUUGCAUAUCUACCGUAACAUUUGCCAGUCUAUCUUAGCUAAUUUACUUCUCAUACCUUCAAAGUUACCCUUCUUUAAGUUCAGAACCUUUGUUUCUGAAUUAACUAUGUCACUGUCCAUCCUAAUGAAGAAUUCCACCAUAUUAUGGUCACUCUUACCCAAGGGGCUUCGCCCGACAAGAUUGCUAACUAACCCCUCCUCAUUGCUCAAUACCCAAUCUAGAAUGGCCUGCUGUCUAGUUGGUUCCUCGACAUGUUGGUUCAGAAAACCAUCCCGCAUACAUUCCAAGAAAUCCUCUUCCUCAGCACCCUUACCAAUUUGGUUCACCCAAUCUAUAUGUAGAUUGAAGUCACCCAUUAUAACUACUAUUCCUUUAUUGCACGCAUUUUUAAUUUCCUGUUUAAUGCCAUCCCCAACCUCACUACUACUGUUAGGUGGCCUGUACACACUCUACCCAUAUCGAUUCCACAUCCUCCAGGCUAAUGUCCUUCCUUUCUAUUGCGUUAAUCUCCUCUCUAACCAGCAAUGCUACCCCACCUCCUUUUCUUUUCUGUCUGUUCCUCCUGAAUAUUGAAUAUCCCUGGAUGUUGAGCUCCCAUCCUUGGUCACCCUGGAGCCAUGUCUCUGUGAUCCCAACUAUAUCAUAUUCAUUAAUAACUAUCUGCACAUUCAAUUCAUCCACCUUGUUACGAAUGCUCCUCACAUUAACACACAAAGCCUUCAGGCUUGUUUUUACAACACUCUUAGCCCUUAUACAAUUAUGUUGAAAAGUGGCUCUUUUUGCUUUUUGCCUUGGAUUUGCCUGCCUGCCACUUUUACUUUUCACCUUACUACUUUUUGCUUCUACCCUCAUUUUACAUUCCUCUGUCUCUCUGCACUUGUUCCCAUCCCCCUGCCACAUUAGUUUAAAGCCUCUGAACAGCAGUAGCAAACGCUCCCCCUAGGACAUUGGUUCCAGUCCAGCCCAGGUGCAGACCGUCCUGUUUAUACCGGUCCCACCUCCCCCAGAACUGGUUCCAAUGCCCCAGAAAUUUGAAUCCCUCCCCUUUGCACCAUUUUUCAAGCCAUGUAUUCAUCUGAAAUAUCCUCCUAUUUCUACUCUGACUAGCACGUGACACUGGUAGUAAUCCAGAGAUUACCUUUGUGGUCCUACUUUUUAGUUUAUCUCCUUAACUCCCUAAAUUCACCUUGUAGGACCUCAUCCCAUUUUUUACCUAUAUCGUUGGUACCUAUGUGCACCACAACCACUGGCUGUUCACCCUCCCAUUCCAGAAUGUCCUGCAGCUGCUCAGAGGCAUCCUUGACCCUUGCACCAGGGAGGCAACAUACCAUCCUGGAGUCUUGUUUGUGGCAGCAGAAACGCCUAUCGAAUCGAAUCCCCUAUCUCUGUAGCCCUCCCACUCCUUUUCCUUCCCUCCUGUGCCACAGAGCCACCCAUGGUGCAAUGAACUCGGCUGCUGCUGCCUUCCCCCUGAUGAGACAUCUCCUCCUACAGUAUCCGAAACAGUAUAUCUGUUUAGGAGGGAGAUGACCUCAGGGGACUCCUGCACUACCUGCCUACUGUUACGCUGUCUAGUGGCCACCCCUUCCCUUUCUGCCUGUGUAGCCUUUACCUUCGGUGUGGCCAACUCACUGAAUGUGCUAUUCAUGACUUUCUCAGCAUUUUGGAUGCUCCAGUAUGAAUCCAAUCGCAACUCCAGACGCUCAUUGCGGUCUGCCAGAAGCUGCAGUUGGACACACUUCCUGCACACAUAGUCGUUAGGGACACUGGAGGUAUCCCUGGUUUCCCACAUGCUGCAGGAUGAACAAACCACGGGGCCGAUUUCAGCUGCCAUGACCUAUCCAAUACUUGCCUCAACUUUUGAAACUUUCUCCUUUGAAAGGAACUUACCCGGCCUUGCCUCACUUGAGUCAAAUCUUUGACUCUCGAGUCAAAGCCUCAAAUCUCCACUCCUUCACUGGUCAACUUACUGACUGGCCGCUUCCCAUAUAGGAGUUGAAUGGCAUGGGAUCUGUAAUUCCAGAUAUAGUUAAAGCAUAACGUUGUAGAGAGUGCAAGAUCUACAGCAGCACACCAUGAGCACAUGGCCAGUCUUUCCUGAGCUGCAGUAGCACAAGACUUGUAACAGCCACACAAAAUUACUGAUACUGCUCAUUGUGAUUGAUGAGAAUGGGAUGUCUCUCUACUUUUGGUGCCUGUUUUCAGUCUCAUUACAAUCAUAUUGUCUUUGUUAAACUGUGUUUAUUUACCUUUUUAAAAAUUCACUUUUAAUGUUUGUUUUUGUUUAUAAAUGUAAUGCAGUUAUCAAUGCAAUCUGUAAGGGGACACUCAGAAGUAAAAUGCCAAUUGCCUGAAA